AUGGAGAACCCUGAGGCGGCCGCCAACGGGGGCUCCGCUUCGAACCCGCCCGCUGCCUGCCUGGGCGGCUUACGCAAAGGAGCGAGGAGAGCCUGUGAUUCUGAGGAGAAACCGCUGAUCAAUCCUAAGGCGGCAGCGGUGGAGCAGCCGUCGCGCCCGCGCUCUCCUCAGCCACCCGUGCGGUUUUCGUCUUCGGGCUCCGAGGAAGCGGCGCCGGACCACCCGGAAGGGGCCGAGCGCCGCAAGCGAGCUCGAGGAACAGGCAGCGGGCUGAGCAGUGGGGCCGCCUCCGCCUCCUCCGGCGCCGCCCGCGGCUACGAGGUCGUCCGCGAGCUGGGAGCCGAGGAAGUUCGCUGGUUCUACCGCGAGGACCGCAAGAGCUGGAAGCCGUUCAUCGGCUACGACUCGUUGCGCAUCGAACUGGCCUAUCGCGCCCUGCUGCUCCUGGACGGCCAGGAUUCGUCUAGCCCCACCGGUAGGCCUGAGAACCUCGCGCCUUCUUCGAGCAUCCUGAUCCCUGAGCCGGUUUGUGUCCGCGGCGGCCUCUACGAGGUGGAUGUAGUCCACGCCGAGUGCUACCCGGUCUAUUGGAACCAACCUGAAAAGAUUCCUGUGAUGCGUGGACAAUGGUUUAUUGAUGGCACAUGGCAACCACUAGAAGAAGAAGAAAGUAAUCUGAUAGAACAGGAACAUCUCAGCUGUUUCAAGGGGCAACAAAUGCAGAACUUUGACACAGAUGUGUCAAAACCCGUAGAUAGAAAAGAGGUUAUCAACUACCUCCCUCCCUUCUCCCUCCAUUCUCUGUUCAAAUGGAGAGGAUAUAACGAGAAUGCAGAGGCGGCAGGGGUUAAGCGCAAGUGGUCUGAAGCUGUUCAUAGUUUGAAGCUGAGUCGCAACCAUGUGGACUGGCACAGUGUCGAUGAGGUAUAUCUGUAUAGUGAUGCAACAACUUCGAAAAUCGCAAGGACAGUCUCUCAGAAGCUAGGUUUUUCUAAAGCUUCAAGUAGUGGGACCAGACUUCAUAGAGGCUACGUUGAAGAAGCUACAGUAGAAGACAAGCCUUCUCCAACAACUCACAUUGUAUUCGUUGUGCAUGGCAUUGGACAGAAAAUGGAUCAAGGAAGGAUUAUAAAAAAUACGGCCAUGAUGCGGGACACUGCAAGAAAAAUUGAAGACAAAUAUUUUAGCAACCUUGCAACUCAUGUUGAGUUCUUGCCAGUAGAAUGGAGAUCUAAACUUACACUUGACGGAGACACUGUUGAUUCUAUUACCCCAGAUAAAGUUCGUGGACUAAGGGAUAUGCUUAACAGCAGUGCAAUGGACAUAAUGUAUUACACAAGUCCCCUCUAUAGAGAUGAGCUGGUAAAAGGCCUUCAGCAGGAGAUGAAUCGUUUGUACACACUUUUCUGUUCCCGGAAUCCAGAGUUCACAGAAAAAGGUGGAAAGGUGUCUAUUGUAUCACAUUCCUUAGGUUGUGUGAUUACAUAUGAUAUCAUGACAGGAUGGAAUCCAGUCAGGCUCUAUGAGCAGUUACUUGAGAAGGAAUAUGAUGACCUUGAGAACACCUGGAUGAGCUAUGAAGAGCAGCAUUUGCUAGAAGAAUUUUACUUAACCAAGAAACAGUUGAGGGAGAUAGAAGAUAGAUUGCAUGGACUAAAGACAUCAACUAUAGCCAAAACACCUGCUUUAAAAUUCAAGGUGGAAAAUUUCUUCUGUAUGGGAUCUCCAUUAGCAGUGUUUUUGGCCUUGCGUGGCAUCCGUCCAGGAAACAGUGGAAGUCAAGAUCACAUUCUACCCAGAACAAUUUGUAACCGGUUGCUAAACAUUUUUCAUCCAACAGAUCCAGUGGCCUAUAGACUAGAGCCUUUAAUUCUGAAGCACUACAGUAACAUUUCUCCUGUGCAGAUACAUUGGUAUAACACCACAAAUCCACUACCUUAUGAACACAUGAAGCCAAGUUUUCUCAAUCCAACAAAAGAAUCUACCUCUGUCUCUGAGAAUGAAUCUCUUCCAACAUUACCCAGUCCAACAACAUCCCCUGUCAUGUCUCGGCGGCAUUAUGGGGAGUCCAUAACAAAUAUAGGCAAAGCAAGCAUAUUGGGGGCGGCUAGCAUUGGAAAAGGGCUCGGAGGGAUGCUGUUCUCAAGAUUUGGACGUUCCAGUGUGCCCACCUCACAAGUGCCUGAGCCAGGAAAAGAAGGAGCAGAAAUGGAGGACAAGAAGUCCACUCUGAGUCAGGCAUCAGUCGGGACUCAGACUUUUCCACACAGCAGUUCCGGCUUCCUAGAUCCAACAAUGGAGCUGGAGCACCGGAUCGACUUUGAGCUCAGGGAAGGCCUGGUGGAAAGCAGGUACUGGUCUGCCGUUACAUCGCAUACAGCUUACUGGUCAUCAUUGGACAUCGCUCUCUUCCUUCUUACCUUCAUGUACAAGCAGGACCAAGGGGAGGAUGGCAUCAAGUCCCACUUAGACCCUGUUUGAUUUGGGAUGAGGUGGGAAUUAGGAAGGAGCGGGAAGGGGAGAAAGGAUGAAACAUGACAAUUGGCACAAAAACAGUCAGACAACAUCUGUUUUUAAGGCAUGGUGGUUUCAGUUUAAAUGCAUGUCUGGUUUUCUUCCUUCCAAGAUUAUUUGUCCUUCAGUGCACAUAUCCAUUUCUGUGCUAAUUGAGGCCUUCUUGAAAGAUCAUUCUCAGCUCCCACCCUUCCAGCUAUCAAACAAGCCAGCAGUAGUUGUUUUAGCAUCCAUGUAGAAUAACAUCUUUGCAGAUUAACAUAUCUGUUUAAGAGUAGCUGCUUUUUUAAAAUACAGAGAUUAAUCUGCUAUAAUGGAAUUUGUUUUCAUUUAAGAAAAAUGCCUGCAAACCUAAAACAGCCAUGUUCUGUGUCCUUUGUAUUGGUAAUUAAGAAGCAAGUGGGUACCAUUGUCCUAAUCUAAAGUCUGUUGCCCUUGAUUGUAUUGAAAUUCCAUCAAGUAAGCGGCAGAUUCAAAGGGUACAACACAACUCAUUCCAUAUAUUAAAACUGGCAAGCAGACAUGAAUGUUUGGAAAUAUUGUAACAAUAAUUUAUUAUUACCUCUUACUAUUUUGUUUUCUCCAGUGUAUUAAAAAUGUUACUUUUCUACUGUUUUUUCCCUUUUUGUUUUCUUUGAAGCAGGGGAACAUAAUUUUAAAAAACCACAUUUAUUUUCUACAGUGUUAAGACUUUAUUCCUCAGAUGACAUAGGACAUACCUUUGUACUAUUUCAAUGGAGCUAUGGACACUGUGGCACACUUUUCAGUAUUUUUUUCAUUAAAAAUAAACUUUUGUGAUAUCACACAAGCAUUAUUUGUUAAAUCCUGUUUCUCCAAGAUCAGUCAGGCUCACUCUGUCUUUGAUUUUGGCAUAUGUUCAUUUUGCUGUCUUCCCAAAUUGCAAAAUACCUGCACUCGACAUCUUGGAGACUAAGUAGUGGAAAAUAAGUCUUAAUUUGCGGUUCCUCAAUAUCAAGCAGAUUCUUAAGAUGAGUGUGUGACUUUGAACAGUUAGACCAUUGUUAAGAUCCUUUGAUACAAUGAUGCUGGCCAGGAUCCAAAGAAGAGGCAUUCAUACUCAACGUAUUUUUCUCUCAGCUAUUCAGGCUGUAAAUGAAGCCAUCUGCUUUUCAAACUGCAGGGUGUUUGCUUCUUCACAAGGGCAACUGCUUCAGUCCAAAACAAUAAAAGUGCUUCUUCCCUCCUCCUUCAUUGAGACUCUCAGUUCAUUCCCCCACAUGCAUGCUCCUUCGCUUCACAUGCACAGUUAUCCCUAAAUCCAUAAAUGUGAUACUGUAUGUACUUGAUUUAUAUAUGAAUUUAGUCUCCAUUCUUCUUGUAUAUUCAGGGGGACUUGGAAAAUACAUUGAUUAAAAUUCAGAAAAACAUAAAAACAGGUUCAAUGAUAUAAUUACCAUCACUACUUGGACAGAAGAUUCUAAAUCAUAGACCGAAAAGCCAUUACUCAAAACCACAGAGCUUCCCUAAGGAAUGGCCUCCACAGAGUCAUGCUUGACUCUCCACAGGGACAGGGAUCAUGUGGUUACAUUAUGUGAAUUGGCAGUUAAUGGCGCUUGUAGUAGUUUAUGUGAGGACACCAGCACUCCUCCAUUUCUGCCAUAGUAAAGGGCAGGCGUUUAAGUAGCACAACUUCUUCCUUCAAGAGUUAAAUGCUUCAUGUGUGCUGGAACGUUAAAUUGGCUUCAUUUUCCAUCACUCUGGAAUAUUAUAGUCAUGACGUUACUAGAGUCCAUCACUCUAGUAAUCUUAUGAAAGAGCUUAGAUUCCUUUGAAUCCUUCCGGGAUCUCUAUCUCAGUUCCUAAGAUAAUUUUUUUUUCUGGAGUCAUUUUGCAAGAUGAAGAUGCUAGAGACUGAUAGGGGAGUGGCUUAUGGGACUAAGAUGCCCCAUAAGUUUUCUAUCUCAGUAUCACCCAUAAUAAUACAUAAGGGAGGGGAAAAACAGUAAAUGAAAGCACUAUUGAGUAUGUUCAAAGUCCAUUUAAUCUUACCACUAACUAAAUAGAAUCCACAGUCCUCAGGAACUAGAGCCAGGAAUAUAUAACUUGGGUGUGUGACAUGGUGCCUCUCAAAGGCCCUCCAAAAAUCUGCAGCCAAAUUUUGGUGACACUCAAAAAAUGGUAGCAGGGAAGCUUUCACUUUUCUGCGAUGAGUUGCCAGGGACCUUAAGCUCACCACUACCUCUUGUCCUCCUCCCCACUCCUGUUUUCACAAUUCCUGCCAUUGCCAACUUUCCUUUGUUGCACCUUCUUGAUCUCUGACUAUCAUGGUGUUCACCAGCAUCAAGUACUCUAUGAUCGUUUAGCCAGCCAGCCAAGUUUCAGGGCUUCUGUUUUUUUUGCUUUUGUUUUUUGUUUGUUUUUGUUUUUA